AUGCUGUGCUGCAUAAGAAGAACCAAGCCGGUGGAGAAGAAUGAGGAUGCCGACCAGAAAAUCGAGCAGGACGGGACAGCCAAACCCGAGGACAACAAGGCUCACAAGGCUGCUACCAAAAUACAGGCGAGCUUCCGCGGACACAUAACUCGGAAAAAGAUGAAAGACGGAGAAGACGACAAGGAAGAGGACGCCCCCGUCAACGGAGAGAAUGUGGUGAACGGCGUCGAGGAUGACGGAGAAGACGCCAAGAGCACAGAAGAAGCGAAGGAAGACGCACCCGCUGAAGAGUCGAAGAAAGAGGAGGAGAGCCAAGCCAAAAGCCCCGAACCAGAAAAGCCCGCUAACUCUCCGGCUCCCCCUGCUGAAUCAGCACCAUCUCCCGUAGCUCCACCGGCAGCCACCUCCCCGACGGCCGAAGCCCCGAAAGAGGAGCCGAAAGCGGAGGAGAAAGUGGAGGAGAAGCCCAAAGAGGCGGAGGUGGCCAAGAGUCCCACCACGGCGCCCCCAGCCCCUGCGCCCACCCCGGUCCCGGUGAGCGAGGAGAAAGCAGAGGAAGAGCAGAAGAGCGAAGAGAAGACAGAGGAGGACAGACCAGCCGAUGUGCCUGCUGCUGUAAGCCCCACAGCGGACAAGGAGGAGUCUAACCAAACAAAAGAAGAUGCUGCAGAGGAGUCUAAACCCGAGGACCCCGCCCCAGCAGAGGCAGCGGACGCCCCCGACUCCAAGGACGACUAA